AUGACAGUGAGUGUAUUAAUAUAUUCAUUGUUGGCAGGAGUAGCACCACUAUUCUCAGCAUCGCUACCAUUUGUAUUGUUUAAGAAUGGUAUCAAUAAUCGAUACUAUCAUAUGCUGCUAGCUAUAUCGGCUGGUCUGCUGUUUGCCGUUGCAACAUUAGAGCUACUACCAGAGGCAGUGGAGAUGGCAAACAUAGAAUAUUAUAACACUCCAAAUAUCGAUCUGACGUCUGACACUUCAUUAAAUAUAAAUAGACAAACACAUCAAUUACAACCACAAGGUAAACCUACAACAACAACAGCAACAAGUAGUACUUCAUCUUUAUCUUCUUCAUCUUCUUCUUCCUCUUCAUCAUCAUCAUCAGCUAAACAUAUUGAAAAUAAAAACAACAAAAACAACAAUGAAAAUGACCAUGAUCACGAUCAUGAUCACGAUGAAGAAAAAGAAUCGAAAUCAGGCACCAGAACACCAAUGUAUGGAUUGGCAUUUGGAUUUCUAGUUCUCAUUGCCAUUGAAAUUAUGCUGAGUAGCGGUGGUGGUGGUGGACAUUCACAUUCUCUUGAUUCUCAAGAGAGAAGCAUUGAGAUUGAUAUUCAUGAUGAAAAUGAUAAUUGUAAAAAAGAUGAUGAUGAACACGAACAUAAAUCAUUGAAUAUCGAAACAGGAGUAGUAAGCUCAUCAAAUGGUAAUAGCAAUCAAUCAAAACUUUCAUUGACAACCUUUAUAGCGUUGGCAGUACAUUCACUGGUCGAUGGAAUGGUAAUAUCAGGUGCAUUUGCAGCAAACUCUGAGAUUGGUGCACGUGUUGCACUCGCCAUCGUUGUACAUAAAUUACCGGAUGGCUUUGUCAUGAGUUCAAUUGCUUUAUCACAAAAGAAACUUUUAGGAUAUCAUCCAUUUUUCUAUUUAUUAUUAAUUGCAUCGAUGACACCGAUCGGAGCUAUUUUAGCAUCGAUAAUAUUUGGAGGAAUUCCGCCAUCGACAGUAUCAUUCAUUCUUGGUUUUGGUGCAGGUACAUUUUUAUAUAUAACAACCACUGGCAUUCUUCCAGAGAUACUUCACUCCAAAACCGUUACCAAACCAAUUCUCAUAGCUUGUAUAAUUACUGGUUACUUUAUCUUUACAUUAAUAGAUUCUUCUGUGCAUGUUCAUUAA